AGAUAGAUAGAUAGAUAGAUAGAUAGAUAGAUAGAUAGAUAGAUAGAUAGAUAGAUAGAUAGAUAAAGAAAGAGAAUAAUUGUGUAGUGAACAAGGAAGCCAGUUGAAGCAGGAGAGGGAGGGUUGAGAUAGGGAGGGGAGGGUAAAAAGAGAGUGAAGGAGAGAGAGAAGAGGAGCAGAGCAGCAGAGGAGGGAGAGUAAGAGAGUCGAGUGUGUUGCACGUCCUUCCCUUGGCCAAACCUGUCGGAGAAAAUGCAUCCUAACUUUGCAGGAACCUGGAAGAUGAAGAGCAGUGAGAAUUUCGAUGAACUUCUGAAAGCCCUGGGCGUGAAUGCCAUGCUGCGGAAGGUGGCAGGGGCAGCAGCCGCCAAGCCCCACGUGGAGAUCCGCCAGGACGGAGAGCAGUUCUACAUCAAGACCUCCACCUCUGUGCGCACCACAGAGAUCAACUUUCACAUCGGAGAGGAGUUUGACGAGGAGACCGUAGAUGGAAGGAAGUGUAAGAGUCUGGCCACCUGGGAAACAGAGAAUAAGAUCUACUGCAAGCAGACGCUGGUGGAUGGUGAUGGGCCAAAGACGUACUGGUCCAGAGAGCUGCAGGGGGAGGAGCUCAUUCUGACAUUUGGUGCGGAUGACGUGGUGUGCACGCGGAUCUACGUGAGGGAAUGAUGUUGCUCGGACUGGAUACGUCGGCAUCAGUCAGUUAUAAAGCACCAUGGCAACCACGUGGGCCAAACACCCCACUAUUAUACCUAUGUAAAACCGUACAUCUCCUUCAGUGUGAUGUGUGAUCUGAGCAAAAACACGCACUUUAACUACAUCAUUCAACUGGCCAUUUGUGUACAUGAAGUUCUGCCUAACUGUGAUUCUGUGCUAAACCUAUACGUAGACGCGCAUCAUUUGUGCAUACUUUGACUUUAAACACGUAUUUUAUUGGUAUUGCAUAAAAAUGAAUAAAAUUCAAGAAUCGUGGUCUGAA